UGUUCUGUGCCCGAUGCCAAAAUUGAAAAUACUAUAUUACUAUUUACUAUCACAGUCCUCAGAUUUUAAUUAUUAAUUCAUAUUAUUAUUAUAUUUUAAAAUAUAUUGUUCUGUGCUAAUAUUCUCAUAGUAAUAUAGUAUAAGGUCUCGUUUAUUUAUUCUAAAAACAAAUUUGGCUUUGUCGUCAAGUCUACUUGAGAUCGACUUUUCCUGAUUUUUAAUUUUGACUACUCCAAAAAUUUAAAUAUUCCAUUUCCUUUUUUAGUACGAAUUUGUUUAAUAUUUAGGGCGAUUAAAUCAAUUUGGGAAAGUCCGACUGAAGAAGACUUGACAACAAAAUAUUCAAAUAUGUUUUUAGAAUUCUUAUCACUAUUCACUAGAUCAAUCGGUACGUUGGAAUGAAAACACGUUACACGUCCAAAUUCCGUUUGUUAGACAAAGACAGAAAAUCACCGUUUCCAAUCCAUUAACAAAAAUAUCUUAUUAGAAAAAAAAUAGUCCGUACUUCGUGAUAAUAUAAAUUAUAAAAUUAUAAUAAGAAUUCCAGUAUUACCAUUCACAAAUAACUGUAAGGACUAAGGACUACAGAAUUGUUUUCAUAGUUUUUUUAACAAAGUAAUAUAUUAUAUAAAUUAUUACUCAAUGAUUCUAUUAUCUAUUCUAUAAAGUCAAUAGUCAUAUAAUUAUAGACUAGUAUUCUGUAUAGUUGAUCAAAGUGUGUUUUGAUUUUUGAAUUGUUUUCUCUUAAAUUGUAAUCAUGGGUAGUGAUGGAAUUCUUAAAAAUAAACGUAGACGAAUAAAAGAAUUGAAAAAUGUUACUAAGCGUCAAAGAUUAGAUCCAAAACUUUUUAAAAGAUUACCUGCUGAAAUACAGAAAGACACUUCAUUGUUGAAAUAUUGGCGUUCUAGAUAUAGGUUGUUUAAAAAAUAUGACCAAGGAAUUAAAUUAGACAGUGAAAGUUGGUAUUCAGCGACACCAGAAGUAAUAAGUCGCAUGAUUGCUGAGCGGUGUACAUGUGAUCUGAUAAUUGAUGGAUUUUGUGGUGCUGGAAGCAAUUCCAUUCAAUUUGCAUUAACUAGUAAAAAGGUCAUUGCAAUAGACAUUGAUCCGAUUAAAAUAGAACUUGCACAAAAUAAUGCCAAGGUUUAUGGUGUAUCAGAUCGAAUAGAAUUUAUUAUUGGGGAUUACUAUGCUUUAGCUCCUACUUUAAAAGCGGAUGUUGUAUUUUUAGCCCCACCAUGGGGUGGCCCUAAAUAUUCACAAAAAACAACUUUUAACAUUGAUGAUAUAAUGCCGAGUAAUGGAGGUGGUAAACACCUAUAUGAAUUAACACGUCAGAUAACCAAAAAUAUUGCAUUCUUUCUCCCAAAGAAUAUUGAACACAAGCAAUUAUUUGAAGAUAUUUAAAUUUGUUCUGGGUUUCCAACAUUUUAGGGGUUUUAUGGUUUUAGAACCACUUAUUUUCGGCUUGAUUCCAGUCUCUGGUUCUUAUAAUAUGUAAAUUAUAAAUAGUUCAUGUUCAUAUGAUACAUUUUGAUAACCUACUACCUCUAUUUACUAAAUGAAAAUAUGUUUAAUUAUUCAUGUGUAGAUAUGUUUUUUGUUUGUCUAUUAAGUGAGGUACACUUUAUAUAAGAGCAAUUUUUUUUGUUUUCAAUUUAUUUCUGAUAAUGUUUACAUUAUAUAAUAUAAUAGUAUGUCAAUAUUUGUAUUAUCCAAUGUGUGUGUAUUAA